UGGUUCUAACUCCAGGAAGAAACCAAAGCCAAAUCAAAAAAAGUAUAUUUCACCCAAAUAGCAAUGAAAAGUGUGGAAAAAUUAAAAAUUCUCUAUACCCAUACCCUCAAAAAUCUUCCUCUAUCACAGUGCAUAGACUUAUCAUUGGUGAUGUUUGUAUAAAGCGUUAACCAAGCCUGGUCCUCCUAAUUGUCUUUCUUUAAUUUCUUCUGAAUCUUUAUUUAUUUUUCCUUUUCUCCUUUUAAAUUGGUUUUCUAUAACUUUUCAUGCCAACUGUUUUCCUCCUUUGACCUAAAAAUUGUAAUUUUUAUUUAUUUAUUUUUUUUGGGCUCUCUUUCAUUUCUCACUUUUUCUGUCUAUAUAAACCGGUUUUCUGAUCAGAUUCUCCAUCUCAUUGAUUUUAUCACCCUCUCUGAUCUCUCUCUAUCUUUCUCUCUCUAAAAAAUCCCAUAUGCACAAGCAUUGAAUUUUACUUCAUCAAUAUCUAUUUAGUAAGGAAAUAAACUUUAUAGGACUACUUUUCUUUUAAUCUUUUUCUAUAUAAGGUUAUAACCAUGGCCAAAUUCUUCUUCUUCUUCUUCUUCUUCACAUCACUCUGCAUGCUUCUCACUCUGUUUGUCACUGAAGCUGCACCAAAAACCUCUCUAGUCAAAACACUUCCAGGCUUCAAAGGCAGUUUUCCAUCCAAGCACUACUCAGGAUACAUCACCCUAGGAGGAGAAAAGCCUGCGGACCAAGGGAAGAAUCUUUUCUACUACUUUGUUGAAUCAGAAAGAAAACCAGCGACUGAUCCUGUUGUUCUGUGGCUUAAUGGAGGCCCUGGUUGCUCUAGUUUCGAUGGCUUUGUCUAUGAACAUGGACCAUUCAAUUUUAAAGAAGGAAAGCCAAAAGGAAGCCUGCCCAUUUUGUAUCUUAAUCCGUAUAGCUGGUCCAAGGUCUCAAACAUUAUAUAUUUGGAUUCUCCAACUGGUGUUGGCUUUUCUUACUCCAAAGAUCCAAGGAACUAUGUAACGGGAGACCUAAAAACUGCAUAUGAUACACACAAUUUCCUCCUUAAGUGGUUUGAGCAAUUCCCAGAGUUCCUUUCAAAUCCAUUUUAUAUUACUGGAGAGUCUUUUGCUGGAAUUUAUGUACCCACUCUUGCUUCUCAAGUUGUACAAGGAAUAAAAGAUGGAGCAAAACGCAUUAUUAAUUUCAAGGGUUAUAUGGUUGGAAAUGGAGUCACCGACCGAAUAUUUGAUGGCAAUGCUCUUGUCCCAUUCGCUCAUGGAAUGGGCCUCAUCUCAGACGAUAUCUAUAAGGAAGUUGUAGCUGCAUGUGAAGGAAUCUACUACCAACCUCAAAGUGUAAUGUGCGAUGAUAAACUUGAGCAAGUUCAUCAGGCUAUUGAGGGUUUGAACAUUUACAACAUUCUGGAGCCAUGUUACCAUAACCCAACAUAUAACCAAAAUGACAAACUACAAAAUUCAACCUUGCCAUCGAGCUUCCAACAACUAGGGAAGACCCAAAAGCCAUUGCCGGUGAGGAAAAGGAUAUACGGAAGAGCUUGGCCUUUUCAGGCACAGGUAAGAGAUGGCCUUGUCCCCUUGUGGCCUCAACUAGCUGCAUCUACAAGAAUCGCUGUCCCAUGCGUUAACGAUGAAGUGGCAACUAGGUGGCUGAAUGACAAAGCAGUCAGAAACGCAAUUCAUGCUGUGCCGGAAAGUGUAUCUGGUCGAUGGACUUUAUGCACAAACAGAAUAAGCUAUUACCAUGAUGCUGGUAGUAUGAUUCCCUACCAUUUGAACCUCACAUUGCAAGGAUAUCGAGCUCUCAUUUACAGUGGAGACCAUGAUAUGUGUGUGCCAUUUACUGGGACUCAGGCAUGGACAAAAUCACUAGGAUACAAGAUUUUAGAUGAAUGGAGGCCAUGGUUUUCCAAUGGGAUAGAUGUUGCAGGAUUCUUACAAGGAUAUGAAAAAAAUUUCACAUUUAUUACCGUCAAGGGAUCAGGGCAUACAGUUCCAGAAUAUAAACCUCAAGAGGCUUUGCAUUUCUAUAGCCGUUGGUUGGCAGGACUUUCCAUAUGACAACACAGAUUCAGACAAUAAGCUUUUUUUUUUUUUUUUUUAAAUUGAUUCAGAAGAAUUAGUGUCGAUUUUGAUUUUUAUUUAUAUUAUGUUUAAUCAUUUUAUAAAAAUGCAAUUUGCUUAAACAAGAGCUUCAUAUGGUUAUGAGAUUGGAUUAUAAUUUAGCUUUGUUGACUUUGCACCUUA